AUGGAGAUGCCAACUUCGGAGUCUUCCUCGAUUCGGGUCGCGUUUGAAGGAUGUGGCCAUGGAUGUCUUCAUGACAUCUAUGCGUCAGUCGAUAAGGCUGCCGCUCUCAAGGGCUGGGAUGGUGUCGAUUUAGUGAUCAUUGGCGGCGACUUUCAGGCCGUCAGAAAUGCCAAUGACCUGGCCUGCAUGUCGGUGCCAAUGAAGUACAGAGAAUUGGGAGACUUUCAUGAAUACUACAGUGGGCAGCGUGUUGCUCCCUACCUCACAAUCUUUGUUGGCGGCAACCACGAAGCUAGCAACCACAUGUUUGAACUCUACUAUGGAGGGUGGGUAGCCCCGAAUAUCUACUACCUCGGUGCGGCCAACGUCAUCCGGUGUGGGCCCCUUCGCAUCGCCGGAAUGUCUGGCAUAUGGAAGGGAUAUGACUAUCGGCGGCCUCAUUUUGAGAGGCUGCCUUACAAUAGUGAUGAUGUUCAAAGCAUCUAUCACAUCAGAGAACUCGACGUCCGGAAAUUGCUCCAAAUCCGUACACAAGUUGAUCUGGGAUUAUCCCACGACUGGCCUAAGCAGGUCGAGCGUAGCGGAGACUUUGAGACUUUGUUCAGAAAGAAGCUUGGAUUCCGCGAGGAUUCCCAGAUCGGCCGACUUGGUAGCAUGGCUGCUAAGCAUGUUCUUGAUCGGCUGCGCCCAGCCUAUUGGUUCUCGGCACAUCUACACGUUAAAUUCGCGGCCCUAGUUCAGCAUGCCGAGUAUGUUGUUCCUGAGCAUCCAGCUGCUAAGAGGCAGGCUGCCACCGCUCCAACUGAUGCCAGUCAGCGUUCAAGCGCUCCACAGGCAUUUGCGCUGGAUGGUGCCGUAUUCACUUCGCUGGUUCUCGGUGAAGAGAACCCAUUGAAUGAGCAUAUGGCCUCCGCUUCUACUGCAAAGUCUGGUAAGCCAAAUGAAAGCCACGCUGUAAAUACCGGAGAUUCUCAGCUGCAGUCGGAGAGUGGACAACCUGCUCGUCAGCCAUCCAAAACCGACGCAUCGGCCGGAGAAGCAGCUGGCGACAUGGCGACUAAGCUAUCAGCGUGGAAUAACUUCCACGCGGUUGCUGCCCGAAAUGAAGCGGCUGAGAAUGAUCUCUAUUUGUCGGGCAAGGCACAGAAUCAUGGACCCAACCCUUAUGAGAUCAAGCACAACCUGACCUGGAAAAGGGUUGAGACUGACAUGGAUGGCGUUAAUCGAAAGAUUGCAAGCGUCGAGAGAGAAGUUAGCCCUGACCGCCAAAGCAAUAAAACGCAGAAGGUUCAGCAUGAGUCUGAAGUAGUGAAGAAUAGCGACGAGAUCGACCUAGAUCUAGACAGUGACUCUGAUGACGCAUCUAGUAAGGCGCAGCCUGAAACAGCAGUUUCAGGAAAUACUGGCUCUCCCACGCACACGCCUACGACAAACCAAAUGGAACGCGAUAAUGGCAACGCCCAAGCAGAACCAGACAAAGCGGCUGAUGUCGCGCAGGAUGUGCGCAACCAGCUGCCUGCCAGCUUCGCACGUCCACAGCCUGAUCCGUAUCCGGUCAAUGGCCCCUUGCCCGAGGCAAUCUCCAACAAGAUGACUAGUUUUCUUGCAUUGGAUAAAUGCCUACCAAACCGCGAAUUUCUCCAGCUCCUUGAGAUCAAUCCUAUUUCGGACUUAGAUGGGGCGAAGGUUGAACGCCCAUAUCGCUUGCAAUACGAUAAGGAAUGGCUGGCAAUCACACGUGCGUUUGCCAAUGACCUUCACCUUGGUGAUCCCAACGCCAGACCCUCUGCGGAUAAGGGCGACGUCGUUUACCGACCCCAGAUUCUCGAAGAGGAGAAGUGGGUCGAGGAGAACGUUGUUAAGCCUGGAAAGCUUGUCGUCCCGGAGAACUUCACUCAAACGGCGCCCGUCUACGAUCCCGCCGUACCUCUGACGACUGAAGAGAUGCCAAUGGAGUACACCAAUCCUCAGACCACCGAAUUUUGCGAGUUGAUUGGUAUUGAAAAUAAAUUCGACAUGAGUGACGCCGAGCGCCAGGCUAGAAUGGCUCGGGGGCCCCGUCCUAAUAGCAACAGAGGCGGCAUGAACCGUCCUCCUCGUCGUGGCGGCUUUGGACGGGGUCGCGGACGCGGUGGUCGUGGACGCGGCAACCGUUACUGAUUCUACGUCUCUUCACAUUGCACGUUGCUUAUCAAAGGCUGGUUCCAUCUGUGAUAUGGUUGCUCUUCAGCUUCGUUGCGGCAUGGCUGACGGCGCAAGGAAGGUACCGCGGAUGAGGAAGUGCUG